CCGGGCGGUGUCUGCUGCCGUGGCCGGGCCCGCGCGGGGGUCUGUUCGUAGAAGAACCCUGGAGCGCCAGUCUCCGGGGCUAAGGCGGUUCCGGCCCGUGUCGUGGGGCCAGAGGAGCGACAGCCAGGAACCGACCUCGGGAAGGCUGUGGGCGAGGAUGUGAGGACUCCCCCUCUGCUCCCGGAGCCUCGUCCGAGGUGACAGGCCCGAGCCCAGGGUGGCCAUGAAGAGCGACGCCGGGGGCCCCCUGCGCAGCAGCGAGCCGGUGCGCGCCGCCCCGGCCCCCGCGCCCGCCGCGGACCUCCUGGAGGAGGCGGCCGACCUGUUGGUGGUGCACCUGGACUUCCCCGCAGCGCUGGACACCUGCGAGCGCGCCUGGCGGAGUCUGGCCGGCGACGCCACCUCCUCGGAGGUGAAAUGCUCCCUGUGUGUUGUUGGAAUCCAGGCCCUGGCAGAAAUGGAUCGGUGGCAGGAAGUCCUCUCCUGGGUCCUUCAGUAUUAUCAGGUCCCUGAAAAGCUGCCCCCCAAAGUCCUGGAGCUGUGCAUUCUUUUAUACAGCAAAAUGCAAGAGCCUGGAGCAAUGCUGGAUGUCGUCAGUGCCUGGUUCCAAGACCCAGACAAUCAGGGUCUUCCAGAAUAUGGAGCCUUGGCAGAACUUCACCUGCAGCGGGUGCUGCUGCCCCUGGGUCGCUUGUCAGAGGCUGAGGAGCUAGUGGUGGGCUCUGCAGCCUUUGGUGAGGAGCAGCAGCUGGACAUACUCCAGGUCAUUCAUACCACAAGGCAACAGCAGAAACAGGAGCACUCAGGCUCUGAGGAGGCCCAGAAACUGAACCAGGAAGACUCUUUCUCUCACAAGUUCCUGUCACUGCUGAUGUUGCUUCACCGGCUUUGGGAAUCUGCAGUGAGCCACUUCUUUUCUCUGCCCUUCAAAAAGAGCCUCCUGGCCACCUUGAUCCUCUGUCUCUUGGUGGUGAGGUUUGAUCCAGCUUCUCCUCCUGCCCUGCCCUUCCUCUACAAGCUGGCCCAGCUCUUCCAUUGGAUCUGGAAGGCCCUGUCUUCUCGCCUCUACCAGCUCCCCAUCCACGACUGAGUGCUCUUCCCAUUCACCUCAGCCUCUCCACUCUCCACAUCUGCCGUGACAGAAGCAGAGUGACUCAUCCACGGUGACCUGAUCCCUGCUGCCAGCGGGGUCCCUCCGGCAGUGGCGCCAGCCUAAUUCUAGAAAGAGCUGACCUAGUCAGAUGAACUGUGUCUUGAUGCCCCAGCGCCCCCCUUGCACCCCACUUUGGCUGGCCUGGGUAGAUAAUGUGGAAGCAAGUGGGGCCAGAGAGUACAAUUCCUCCAGAACAGCAUCCCUUACACCCAGAGGCCCUCACAUGGGAGGGGUUUGGGAACAGGGAGUGUCUCCAUGAAACGUUCCAUCUUCUUGGCAAAGGUAGAGAGUUGAUUUUUCAAAUCAGGGUGUUAAUGGGGCUGGAAGUUCAGAAAAAUGCUGGUGAAGUGACCUUUGGCCUUUUACUUCCUUGAAAAGUUUAUCUCUGAAAGUUGCCUCCCAGGGCAGUACCUUAAGUAGCCAGAGUGAGAUCUGAGAGGGCCUCUUUCUUCUCUCCUAUGCCCUCUUCACAGAUCUGCUCUAAUUGUGUGUCAAUACACUGUUGCCAUGGUGCUGCAGUGGGCUUGAAGCUGCUUGAGGCCUCUCCCUGUGCAGAUUUGGGCAUGGCUCUUUGAAAACAAAGUGGCCUGCUCAGCUCUUAUCACUGGAUACAGGGAUCUCGCUUGGUGCCUCUUGGUCUUCAGCUCAAUUUUCUAGGUUGUAUGUGGGCAAGACCUACUCUGUCCUCACUCAGUCUCUGCAAACUUUGUCCCAUGGCUGUUUCACCAGGUUCUACCUGUGUCUGUGGCUCCUUGGUACACACCGUUGCAGGUUCCCCCUUUCUGUGUCCUGUUGGCCCAGUUAUGUUCUAUUGUAUGUAUAAUGCCCAAGUUUUCUGCUUGUGUGGCCUUGAAAAGUAGGCCAGCCUCAGAGGCUGUUGAGCUGAAAGUGGAACUGGGUAAUCAGGUGAGCUGGAAGGGAUGGGGUGGGGGGGUUGGUUAGUGAGAUGUGGCUUUUGAAGGCAAUGCACAGUAGAACCUUAAGGGAGGAGGCAUUGGGGACUUAGAAUUUGAGGAGUUGAAAAGUUUUGGUGUUUUUUCUCACUGGCCGCAAGACUUUGCCAUAUUUCUUGCAAGUAAAUGUAAAGCCCUGCUGUGCGGUCAGGAUCGAGAAAGGCUUGCAGCAGGAGCCAGCAUUUUUGCAGCUGGGGACCAAGCAAGCUGCGCUGUAGUGGGACCUCAGUCAGUGUUGAUACCAAGAAAAUAAGUACUUACAAGCUUUUUGGUGGUUGAUUUCCAGGGGUUGAAAGUCAACAACCUCUGUUUAGAAAAAUGGGUAAGGUAAGUAAACUUCACAGGCCCUUAGAUUUAAAUCCCUAGGUUGUGGCCAAAUUCCGUAGGAAACAACUCUAUGCUAUUUUUGUGCGGGCUUUAAAAUAGAGCUGGGGAGAGACAGGGAGUCUGGUAAGGUUUGCAAUCCCUCUUUUAGAAUGAUUUCUUAAAAUGAAAAUCUGGUCCCAUUCACUACCCUAGAUAAAACUCAUUAAUGGCUUCCCAUGGCCCACAGGGUAAAACCCAGAUUCUUCAAGGAAUGUAAGGCCCUUGUGCACCGGUACUGACUGACACCUCCACUUUGAUGUGGGGCCUCUUUGCUGUGCAUGCUGCCUCCCAGCUGCCCAGCCGGGUACAGUUGUCUUAUUGCUACAUGCUCCCUCGGGCCUCUGUGCCUUGAGCUCAUGCUGUUCCUGCUAGGAGGCCCAGCACCUGCUCUUUGCCUGGUGAGCUCUCAAUCUUCCAGACUUACUCAACGGUUACCUCUGGGAAUCCUUUCCUGACCCUCCCUGCUUCCAGGCCUCCGUGGCCUUAUAAUUAUGAAAUUCUUUGUUUCAGUAGCUGUGAGAUCUUUGAAGUUGGGAGUGUGGCUUGUUACAAGUGUUUGAGUCAGGUUCCAGUCCCUGCUCUACCAUGUGUGUGACUGUUGGGAAGUGAUUUAACCUUUCUCAGCCUCACUGUUCUCACCUCUAAGUUCUUGUCUUAUAGGGACAUUUGGAUGAGUAAAUGAGAUUGUACUUGUGAUCUGCCUAGCGCACUGUCCUGUAGCCAUAUUAUUUUGAGUGGUUGUACUCACCAGUGCCCAGCCAAGUGCCUGGGAGUUAGAAUGUGCUCAGAGGUGUUUCAGUGAAUGGUCUGAUAUAACUUACUGAUGAGGUCUUUGUACUUUUGGUGAGUUUGUGGGGUUUUAUGUUGUGAAAAUCCUGAAUAUAGAGAAAACCUGAUUAUGCCCAACUCAUUUUUUCUGCUCUCCCCUGAAGGCCCCCAGUAUUGUUAUGCUUGCAGGCCUUUACGUUCUCCAGUUUAUGUUUGUCCCGAUCUCUGCAGUGCUGUCUAGUAACCAGCCCCAGCUACCUGCCUAGUCAGGAGAGGAACUCAGAAUCCAAACUGCUCCUAAGACUUUGGCCUUUUCUAAGGAUGUAGGCUGGUGCUGCUAUCAGUCUUCAACUCUGGGCUUAAUGAGGUCAGAAGUAAAAGGAGGGCUUCCUUGUUAGAUUUGCCCCUGCACUGUCCAGCAUUGUAGCCAUUAGCCAGAUGUGACUUUUGAGCACUUGAAAUGUGGCUGGUCCAAGUUGAAAUGUUCUGUAAAUGUAAAAUCCAUGCUGGCUUUUAAAGACUUAGUACUAAAAAAAGAAUGGAAACUCAAUUUUCUAAUACUGAUUGCAUGUUGAAAUGAUACUAUUUUGGAUAUGCUGGGUUAAAUAAAAUCUAUUAUGAAAAUUU